AUGUGGAAGAAUGUUUGUGUUCCUCAGGACAUGAAUUCAUUCGUUGAGUUUCGAGCCGAUUCUGGAGUUGAGGUCUGCACGUUCUGGCUGAUUGUGAAAAAUGCUUCAUCGUUCCCUGCCGAUGGGGACCCAAUCAACUCCGAAGCUGAAUCCAAGCCCAAUGAUCUCAUUAGAUCAGUUGUUUCUCUUAAUGGCAUGAAAAAGGGAAAUAGGUUAUCAGCUUACUUCAAACAGGUAUACAAAGGUACUGAAUGGGAUAAUUCUGGCCAAGUCUAUGAAACUGGGUAA